AUUUGUCAGAUCCACUGUCGGGGUUUGUUUGGGACCUCCUGGAGGCGGAUUCUGAGGACUCGCACUGCAGCGGCUUCACUACAGUAAAAUACAUUCAGAAAAACGAUGGGCGAAGCUGAGGCUGUACCCGCCGACGAAAAGCAGGGGGAUUCGGGAGUGUGUGCCGCUGAAGAGUCGGUGGUAUGGAGUCAGGAGGUGGAAGUGUGUCUGUUUCACGCCAUGCUGGGACAUAAACCCGUCGGGGUUAACCGUCACUUCCAUAUGAUUUGCAUCCGUGAUAAAUUUAGCCAAAACAUUGGGAGGCAAGUAUCAUCAAAAGUCAUCUGGGACCACCUGUCGACGAUGUACGACAUGCAGGCACUGCACGAGUCUGAAAUACUACCCUUUCCCAACUCGGAAAAGACCUUUGUCCUGCCGGAGGAAAUAAUACAGGAUGUCAAAGAAGGAAAAGUAGGUUCAGAGGAUGAUGUGAAGGACGAGUUCAAAGAAGAGAGAGACCUUUCUGCCACCCACGAAGAAGGUCCUGUCUGGGUCCCAGUAUGGCUGGCCAGGAGUUUGCAAGGCAGCAAUUCCUCAGUAAAGACAGAGCGCUCGGGCAGCGGGCGAGAGAAAGAGAGAGACAGGGAGAGGGGGGCCUCGGGUGAGUCGGGUGGAGGAUCGAAGGAGGCCACAGGCGAGAAAAGGAAGAGGAGCCGGGCCACGGACAAAACGCAGAGCUCCGGCAACCCGUCCAGUCCUGGAGGAACCAAGCGCCGCAGGACGUAAACACGGCCAACAACGGGCGACCUGCAGACUGGUGGCACAUGGAGACUCUGGCUGGAUGAGACUGGAAGAAACGGUGUACUCUGGCCUGAUCUGCUGCUCAGCUAAGGUUAAAGAGGAAAGAUCUGAGGAGAUAUUGUUAGAUGUUCCAGCAUUUAAGCUUAGAGCUGAAGCUCACACUGAUGAGAGGAAGCUCUAGUACUUCACAUGUGUUGAGCGUUUUCUAGAAGAAAUCUAGAAAAAAAAGUUUAAGUAAUUGAUGAGCAGUGGGAACUUGCUUCCAUGAUGUUGCUCAUAUGGAAGGUUAGAGGCAGACGAUAAUUGAUUCUUUUUUUUAUUUUUUAUUAUAUUUUUUUUUAACGUAGUUUGUUGUUGGACUCAUUGAGACUUACCUGAAAAUGUCUUUUGAUUGAACUGCUGCAGUACGAAGAUGUGGGGAAGAAUUGCUUUGUUGGAAACAGUUAAAUACAGGGUCUAUGAUGGUAUCAUCAUCAUUGGUCAGAUAGGGAUGAAUUCUUAGUACAUAAAGAAAUGCAGCCUCUGUUUGAGGAAUCAUACCUAGUGGUCAUUUAUGUCCGUCAUACAGUAAAGCUAGUAUUUUUAUUUUCCCAUCUGUGACGGUUCAAAUUCAAAAGUCAAAUUCAUUGGUAAUAAAGAUGUUACAUUACAUGUUAAGGUGAAAUGUGAUUUUACAACCAUAAUGUUUUACUGUAUUUAUUUACUGCUCUUGUUUUAAAAGGUGCAAAGCCUUUUAUUAAAUCAGACUGUACUUAAGUAUCA